GAUAAACAGUGUAUCGGUUGAAAUGUUGUUGUUUGGUUGUUAUCUGUGCUUAUAAACAGUAAAUUUUAUAGUGCGAUAUAAUAUUAUUUCCUUAUUGAAACUAUUUUAAAUAAUUUUUGUUGUAUUGUCAAAUACGAAUAAUAUCUUUCGUGAAACUCGUUAAUAAUGAGUUUAUUCUAUUAUAAUGUUCGGUCAUUUCGUGGAGCCGAACAAAAUGCAUCUUCCUCGCUUAUGAUUGUGUUUUUGUGAAAACUUCGGUACAUUAUGAAUACCGAAUCGCAUUAAGGUAUAUUUCUCGCACCGAAGAAAUACGAUGAUAAAGACAGUAAUCAGUUGUAAAACAAACAACACAUGACUUAGAAUUCGUGUUUAUAUCUUGUGAAACGAUGCUGUGAAGAGUACAAAAAUGUCGUCGACUUCGGCUAGAACAUUCCCAAGAAGUAUUUUAUCAGCUAUAGUUGUAGCAUCUUGCAUUAUCUGUUACUAUAACAGUUGCAAUUGCGAUUUUGUAUUCGAUGAUAUCAGUGCGAUCAAAGAAAAUCGAGAUCUGCGACCUCAUACUCCAAUUUCGAAUAUAUUCUUCAACGAUUUCUGGGGAACUCCCAUGUACAAAGAACAGAGUCACAAAUCGUACAGACCGCUUUGUGUGCUAACAUUUCGAUGGAAUUACUAUUUCCACCAACUCGACCCGAGAGGUUACCACAUGGUGAAUAUUUUCCUUCACGCUAUAGUCUCGUUGUUAUUUUUCAAGAUGUGUCUGAUGUUCCUAUCAGAAGCGUCUAGUUUCGUCGCCGCAUUAUUAUUCUCUGUCCAUCCAGUGCACACUGAAGCGGUAACCGGGGUCGUUGGACGUGCCGAAACACUUUCCUCGGUGUUUUUCUUGUUGGCGUUGUUAUUUUACAGUCACGCAUCGAAGAGGAAAAAAACUACAAGUUGGAAAGCGUUAUCACUUUCGAUGAUUUCCAUAGCAACGGCGAUGCUGUGCAAAGAGCAAGGGAUUACGGUGGCUGGCGUUUGUGUACUAUAUGAGCUUUUUAUAACGCAAAAGUUACGGUUCAAAGAUGUGCAGCAUGCGGUUGGAUGGACGCUGAGCGGCAAAUCUGGCAUUUCUGCUUGGCCAGCCGAGGCUACCAAACGCCUCAGUGUUGUUAUACUCACCACGUUCACUUUAUUGGUUAUAAGACUGCAAAUUAUGGGAUCUAAAUUGCCUAUAUUUACAAGAUUUGAUAAUCCGGCUUCGGUAUCCGAAUGGCCUACCAGAUACCUUACUUAUAAUUAUUUGGUCAGCGUUAAUUUCUGGCUGCUAUUGUUUCCCUGUGAUUUAUGCUGCGAUUGGACAAUGGGCACGAUACCGUUGGUGGAAAGUAUCAUGGAUAAACGUAACUUGGCGACUUUGGCUUCUUACCUGGUCAUAGGCAUGCUGGUGUAUGUGGCUUUUGUUUCGGAAAACAGACAACAAACUAAUAAUAUUAUUAUGAGCUUGGGAUUACUGGUCUUUCCUUUUUUACCCGCUUCAAACUUAUUCUUUCCGGUUGGAUUUGUCAUAGCUGAAAGGGUUUUGUAUAUGCCAUCAAUGGGAUUUUGUAUGCUGGUGGCUUACGGCUUCGGACUUAUGAUUGAAAAAAGGAAUCGAAAAUUAGGAUGGUUUGCGGUGGUAAUGCUGGUGCUGAUACACGCUACGAAAACAUACCGACGUAAUUCCGACUGGAAAGAUGAAUAUAGUAUUUUCAUGUCUGGAUUGAAAGUAAAUCAAAGGAACGCCAAGUUAUUUAAUAACGUUGGUCACGCUUUAGAAAGUCAAGGUCGAUACCUGGAAGCUUUGAAAUAUUUUCAAAAAGCCGUUUCUGUUCAAAAUGACGAUAUCGGUGCUCAUAUAAAUCUCGGUCGUACGUACAAUCAUUUGAAAAUGUUUAAAGAAGCGGAAGACGCUUACUUAGACGCUAAAGCAUUGUUACCAAAAGCCAAACCAGGAGAAUCGUAUCAAGCUCGAAUAGCGCCCAAUCAUCUGAACGUAUUUUUAAACCUGGCCAACUUGAUAGCGAAAAAUGAGACCAGACUGGAAGAAGCGGAUAUGUUAUAUAGACAAGCUAUCAGCAUGAGAGCGGAUUAUACGCAAGCUUAUAUAAACAGAGGCGACGUUUUAUUAAAGUUAAACAAAACCAAAGAAGCACAACAAGUAUACGAAAGAGCUUUAUUUUACGAUAGUACCAAUCCAGAUAUAUAUUAUAAUUUGGGAGUUGUUUUCUUGGAGCAAGGUAAAACUUCUCAAGCCUUGGCGUAUUUGGAUAAAGCUCUCGAAUUCGAUCCUGAUCAUGAACAAGCGUUGUUGAAUUCGGCUAUCUUGUUGCAAGAGUUCGGACAAGAAGAGUUUCGUAAAACUGCUCAGGAGCGGUUGUUAAAGUUGUUGCAGAAGGACGAGACGAAUGAAAAAGUUUAUUUCAAUUUGGGAAUGUUGGCGAUGGAUGAUAACGACUCGAAGUCAGCCGAACAUUGGUUUCGAAAAGCGAUUUUACUAAAAGAAGAUUUCCGUUCGGCGUUAUUUAAUUUGGCUUUGCUAUUGGCCGACGAUAAUAGACCUUUAGAAGCAGCACCUUUUCUAAACCAGCUUGUCCGAUACCAUCCUAACCACGUUAAAGGAUUGAUUUUACUCGGUGACAUAUACAUCAACACUAUUAAGGAUUUAGACGCCGCUGAAAACUGUUAUAAAAAAAUUCUAGAAUUGGAGCCGGAAAAUGUACAAGGCUUGCAUAAUUUAUGCGUCGUGUAUGUUGAAAGAGGCAAUUUAUUGGAAGCUGAAAAUUGCCUACAACACGUUCACACUUUGGCUCCGAACGAAGAUUAUAUUUCAAGGCAUUUACAAAUCGUACAAACAAGAAUUAGUAAACUCAAGUUGCAACAGAGUUCGUCAAAAGAUAAUAGUACAUUACAAGGCGAGGAAUCGAUUGAAAGUAAUAAUACAACGUUGAGAAAACGAAUACGUAAUAAUACCGAAGGUAUGACGGAGAAAGAUGUCGUCGUUCCGAAAAAUAUCGAUAAACGAGUUAACCCUUCGUCAUUAUCUUAGUAUUAUGUAAAAUAUAAAUUUCUUCCUGGAAAAUUGCACAUACCGAGUAGUAAUUUUUCAACGAUUAUGUACUAUUCUUUUUGUAUGAUUUUUUUUACCUUUGUGAAAUUUUUAUCGAUUUAAAAAAUCGUAUAGCAUCGUUAUCGAAUAACGGCUCUCUCUUUCUCUCUCUAUCUCUCUGUCUCUGUCUGUUUCAAUUGUAGAAUAUUUAUUUUGUGUUUUCUAUUACUUUAUUUGAACGCGUAUGUUUUGUUUUUAAACGAUAUACGCUCUUUUUUAACUUAUUAAUGAAUUACUUAACAUAUAUGAGUAAUUUAUCGACUGAUUAUUUAACGAAAAGUACUUUUUUACUACUUUUUUUUAUCUACUUAAAAAUAACGUUUAUAGUAUUAAUAUGGCAGUAUUUUCGAUGCAUGAUCUCAUCCUGUUUCAAUGAGUAGUUCAGAGAUGAUUGUUUUAUUGGUAUUUUAUUUUCAUCUGUUUUUUUAUAUGUUAAUUUUUGCUUGUUCCUUCUUUUUGUUUUUUUUUCUUUCUUUUUUAUUUUUCAUGAGUAGAUUUAUACGAUAGGGAUUUUUAAAACCAAUUUAAAUGAUUAAAAUUUUAAAACUCUUCGAAUGAACAAAAAAAAGUAAUAAAAAGAAUUUUAAUAAAUUGUCGCACUAUACUAAUAAGUACAUUUAUGUGCCUUUGUACAAGAUUAGCAACAUGUUUACCUGUUCGUUUAACAUUUUCAAAAAAAUCAUUUGUAAAUAUUUGUAUCAUGUCUGUGAACAUUUUACUUUGAUAUUUAUGUGUUAGUUAACAAAAUGUGAUGUCAGUGUUUUAAUGUUAUAUUGUAUUUGUAAUAAAAUAAUUUUUUCUAAAUAUCAA